AUGAUCGGCUCAACCUCGAUUUCGCCUCCGGCUCUCUACACGGCUUUAUUCCCGACAUUCUCGUCACCCAGUUCCUGGGCUCUUCGACGUCGGAAAAUGUUGUCAUACUCAUUACGCCAGGCUGUAUGGGCGCCUAUUGUGCCCAUAACCGGCAUAUCUCGCUCGUCUAGCCAGGCUCUUACUACCUUUUCCAACGGCCUCAUCGGCGCAACACAGCAGGUGCGUCAACGCCGAUACUCCUCUUCCUCCUCGAAACCCAGCGAUGGCUCCCGAAGGAUCGAUGCUUCUUCCCAGACCCCGGCGAAAGGUGUGAACUCUGGGGAGAAGCGCGAGGGAAAAGCGUCCAGACGGAAGGGGAAAGACAGCAACGGCCGUAACGGUUCUAAGUCAAACCAGCAUACAGCCUUCUCCAGAUUGCCCAGUGUUCCCUCGACUCAGCAUCUGCAGCCACAUGAUGUACAUGUUGCGUCGUUCUUCUCCAUCCAUCGACCCAUCUCCGUUUCUACUACUGUUCCUCCCCCCUCAAGCUCCGAAGCUUUCGAUGCCAUAUUCACCAUGAAGAGGCCUACGAAACAAGAAACUGAUGAUGUCAUGCUCACCCUGUCCUCGACCGUCCACUCCAUGGAGAACGCCUUUCAAGUUGCCGCCGAGCAAGAAGGGUCGGUGAACGGGUUCGAAAUGGAGGGUGGCCAAUUGGACGGAAUGAACAUGUCAGACAUGAAGAUCUCCAUCGAAGAACUCGCGAAACGUCUUCGUCCUUUCCACCCGCCACCGCCGCCUGUGCCGUUCGAGGAAUUGGCGGCGAGAGACAUGGAUGCCGAGUCGGAAGACCUGCACACACAGGAAAUUUCCAGUUACUCGACCGUCCUGACCAUCCACGAGUCCACUCACGCCGACGGUCGCAAGACUUACGAAGCCCACACGGGCCCGUUCGUUCGCACUACCGAGAUGGAUGCUCCUAGCGCCGAGGAGGACCAAGGCAUCAUCGACGUCCCGAAUGGCUCCGAGUCCACCUACAUUGAACGUCUCCGUAACAACCUAACAAUGCACGCUCUCAGUACCAAGAGACGGCGCAGGUUGAAGAUGAAGAAGCACAAGCUCAAGAAGCUGUUGCGAAGGACGAGAACGCUGCGACGGAAGCUUGAGAAGGCCUAA